UGUCCCUCGCGCCGCCGCCAGCAACAUCUUCAUCGGGAUCUUGCCCGAUCCACCAACCAACCCAGGGCAUCCACUGUUUUCCCCGAGCCAAUCAACUAGCUCCUCCCGAUCCAUCCAGCCUCCUCCCCUCGAUCCACCCAUCCACCUCCGUCUCUGUCCUCGCGCUCCUGGCCGCGACCGCCACCGCUCAGGCGCCUGGAGCAGCCCCUGUCGUCCUUCGCCUGCGGGCACCACUGACAUGCCUCGUCGCCCGCCCGCAUGCUCGUGGACGCCCGAGGUGGUGCCUCUUUUUUUCCCUCCGUUGUUCGAUCCCGAGUGGAUCGUGAGCUCCAGCGCCUCCCCGCCGCCUUGCGCGUCCAUGCCGCCGGCGACAACAGUAAUAGCAGGUCAUAUUGCCCGCCUCGUCCCGCUCCUUCCCUUCCCUAGCUCUCUUUCUUCCUUCUUUUCUCUCUCUUUCUCACCUCUCUCUCUCUCCAAGUGCUCAACCACUCUGCUAUCGACCCCGCUCGCCAGGAAAACCACGGCCAUGGCUACCCGAGGCUCGUUGUGGGUCAUUCAGGACCUCACCGUGCCAGCUCCAUCUCUCCUCGCAGGACCGGGCCUGCUGCUCGCCGCUCACCAGCCAUGGAACUCGGAUGCGUGCCCCGAACCGUCUCCAUGCGCAGGAUUGGCUCCAUCCCCAAGGCCGCCGGACCCCGUCUGCCCCGCUGCAUCGCCGGAUCCGGCCGCCAGGACACUUCAGCACCGCCGCUUCCUUCCUCCUGCUGCUGUUUCUAUUUCUUCAGAAAUGAGAGCAUCAGCGGCUCGCUCGGUUCAGUCUGGCGUUGACCCCGUCGGCAGGCCCAGCACCCCCCCUCCCUUCCAGCAUGCCUCUUGCACAACCCAGGCCAAAGGCCUCAAGGGCCCGGAGUGAGCAGCCCCCGCCCCUGUUGCUUUUUGGGCCGGCCUCUGUUCUGGCCCAUUCAUGUUUUUUUCUAGAUCUACGAAUUUCCUAAUUAUUCCAGUAAAAAGAAUUUGCAGAAAACCCCCCAAGCAUCAUGCAUUUAAUAACUGUUGCACCGUGCAUCGGAUUAAAACAAACUUAAUAUGAAAGAUGCUUAGAAUUUUGUGUAGAUUCAUAUUGUGCAACUUUCAUCUAUAUUUAAAAUGUUUAUAAUGUUGUUUGUUUAAAUUUUGCCUAUUGCCAUGCUAAAAUGAUUUAUUCCAUAACUAAAUAACCGUAGCUCCAAACCUAACAAACUUUAUAUG